AUUCCAUUGCUUUGCGUUGCUUCAGUCGAUUUGCAGCAUUCUCCGCAAACGAAACAAUCAAUUUUGUGUAUGCAAAGAGGCUUCCUGUUCGCUUAAGCAGACAAUUUUGUUUUUUCGGCGUUUUCGCAUGCGAUAGGUAAUUUUUUUCGGCUUUGAACUUGAACCAGCAGCGGUGUGAUCAGCCAGCGGAAAGCGAGUUGAACGGGCAUACCCUUGACUAGGUUCCCUUGUAAGCCGCGGCAUUGACGACACAACUCUCAUUCGAUAUGUGGAAGAUUCUAUUGGUUUGUAUUGUCGCAGUUUUGGUAAUGAACUCAGAAGGAGCACGCAAUCGCAAGCGUUAUGCCAGCGGAUACGCAGGCAGUAGCGCUGGUAGCUAUGCUGGAGCAGGUGGUAGCGCCGGAGGCUAUGGCGGUGGUUAUGAUGACUACGAUUACGGUUAUGCACCCGAUUUCGGUUUUAUAGAUCCCUACCUAUUCCAUCAACAGUUGACUGCUCAAAUUCUGGCCAAUCAUGCCGCACAACAACAUGCCAUUGCUUCGGUGUACUCUUCCGGCCAAGCUAUGGCCAAUGCUGAUGCCUCUCUUUUGCCUGACGAUAAACGCAUUCAGCAACAAAUCGCUCAUCAACAGUCUUACUACCAAAAUGCAAACCGUCCCUCCUACUAUGGCGGUAGCAACAGGUAUGGCUCACCAAGCCGUUAUGCACCCAACCAUGCUAUCGCUGCCGCAUCCAUUGGACCCGGUGGAUCUUAUCACACUGCCAAUAUCAGUCCAGCAAAUCCGGAUGUCCCGAAUAUAACCAAUCGUUUUGGUGGACCAUCGGCGCCGGGUGGCUACAAAGGUGUUUCGGUUAGCUCCUUCUCAAGCAGCUCUGACAUUAACGGCCAGAAGACAAGUCAUCGUGGCGCACAGACCACAAUCAAUGAUAAUGGCAAAGUCACUACUUACAGAGUGCAUUCUUAAAUUCUACAAAAUACUUACAAAAACAUUUUUUACUAAAUAUAAAGGUACACACUACAAGUAUUUAUUAUUAAUUGUGUAACUUUGUAAAGAACAAUUUAUGAAUUUAUAUUAUUGGGUAGCUUUAUGCUUCAAAUCAUUAUUUAUGUUGAGUAGUCUUGAAAUACAUAUGUAUAUAUAUAUAUACCUAGUGAUGGAUAA